CAUAUCCGCCAUUCUGCCAACACUUAAGGUGGCUCUCGUUUCAGCUUCAAAGGGAGAGCAAAACCGGAAAUGACUUUCCGUCCGGUGCGUCUCCGGGGAUCUCUUUCCGGUUAGCCUUCGGGUGUCGGCGUGAGAGUUGGAUAAUUCUUGGAACUGGGACUGAGAGGCGGAAGGCAGCCGCCCUUGGUUCGAGACGUGUCUGGGCUGCGAGACCAAAAUGUCGGACACGUGGAGCUCUAUCCAGGCCCACAAAAAGCAGCUGGAUUCUCUGCGGGAGAGGCUGCAGCGGAGGCGGAAGCAGGAUUCGGGACACUUGGAUCUUCGGAAUCCAGAGGCAGCACUGUCUCCAACCUUCCGUAGUGACAGCCCAGUGCCUACUGCACCCACUUCUGGUGGCCCUAAGCCCAGCACAGCUUCAGCAGUUCCUGAACUAGCUACAGACCCUGAAUUAGAGAAGAAGUUGCUACACCACCUCUCUGAUCUGGCACUAACAUUGCCCACUGAUGCUGUGUCCAUCCGUCUUGCCAUCUCCACGCCAGAUGCCCCUGCCACUCAAGAUGGGGUGGAAAGCCUCCUACAGAAGUUUGCAGCUCAGGAAUUGAUUGAAGUAAAGCGAGGUCUCCUACAAGAUGAUGCACAUCCCACUCUUGUGACCUACGCUGAUCAUUCCAAGCUCUCUGCCAUGAUGGGGGCUGUGGCAGAAAAAAAGGGCUCUGGGGAGGUAGCAGGGACUAUCACAGGGCAGAAGCGGCGUGCAGAACAGGACUCGACCACAGUAGCUGCCUUUGCUAGCUCUUUGGCCUCUGGUUUGGCCUCUUCAGCAUCAGAAGUAGCCAAGGAGCCAACCAAGAAAUCAAGGAAACAUGCUGCCUCAGAUGUUGAUCUGGAGAUAGAGAGCCUUCUUAACCAACAAUCUACUAAGGAACAACAGAGCAAGAAGGUUAGUCAGGAGAUCCUAGAGCUACUGAAUACUACAACAGCCAAGGAACAAUCCAUAGUUGAAAAGUUUCGCUCACGAGGUCGGGCUCAAGUGCAAGAGUUCUGUGACUAUGGAACCAAGGAAGAGUGCAUGAAAGCCAGUGAUGCUGACCGGCCCUGUCGCAAGCUGCACUUCAGACGGAUCAUCAAUAAACACACUGAUGAGUCAUUGGGUGACUGCUCUUUCCUUAACACAUGUUUCCACAUGGAUACCUGCAAAUAUGUUCACUAUGAAAUUGAUGCUUGCAUGGAUUCUGAAGCUCCUGGAAGCAAAGACCAUACACCAAGCCAGGAGCUUGCCCUUACACAGAGCGUUGGAGGUGACUCCAGUGCAGAUCGACUCUUCCCACCUCAGUGGAUCUGUUGUGAUAUCCGCUACCUGGACGUCAGUAUCUUGGGCAAGUUUGCAGUUGUGAUGGCUGACCCACCCUGGGAUAUUCACAUGGAGCUGCCCUAUGGGACCUUGACAGAUGAUGAGAUGCGCAGGCUCAACAUACCAGUACUGCAGGAUGAUGGCUUUCUCUUCCUCUGGGUCACAGGCAGGGCCAUGGAGUUGGGCAGAGAAUGUCUGAACCUCUGGGGUUAUGAACGGGUAGAUGAAAUUAUCUGGGUGAAGACAAAUCAACUGCAACGCAUCAUUCGGACAGGCCGCACAGGUCAUUGGUUGAACCAUGGGAAGGAACACUGCUUGGUUGGUGUCAAAGGAAAUCCCCAAGGCUUCAACCAGGGUCUGGAUUGUGAUGUGAUCGUAGCUGAGGUUCGUUCCACUAGUCAUAAACCAGAUGAAAUCUAUGGCAUGAUUGAAAGACUGUCCCCUGGCACUCGCAAGAUUGAGUUAUUUGGACGACCACACAAUGUGCAACCGAACUGGAUCACCCUUGGAAACCAACUGGAUGGGAUCCACCUACUAGACCCAGAUGUGGUUGCCCGGUUCAAGCAAAGGUAUCCAGAUGGUAUCAUCUCUAAACCUAAGAAUCUAUAAAAGUACUUCUAAACCUAAGCAUCCAUAGCCAUGGCUCUGCAGGCUGCACCUGAAGAGUAAUAUUUGUACAAUAGUUUUUUUUUCCUUAUUUAAAUAAAAGUUUGUAUUGUAGUUGGGAUUUCGAGGUCAA